GCGCUCAUCGCCGGUAAGGCCAUGAAACUCGAACCGAACCAAAAUUCCCAAAUCUUCCAUCUGUGAAAAAUUAGGGUUUUUCAUUUUCUAGGGUUUUGUAUUCGGUUCGUCUCCCGGAAAAUUUAACUGAUCCAAUGGGUCGGUCCCGCGCGGUUUCGCAGGCGGCUGUCGACAACCACAAUCAGAGUAGGGGCAAAAGAAAGAGAACGGCUUCGGGGGCGGAGGCGGCGGAAAACAGCGGCACAGCUCAGAAAUCUGUGGCCCAAGAAAUCAGCGAACCGAAAGGAGCUUUCUACCAUUGCAAUUACUGCAACAAGGAUAUUUCUGGGAAAAUUCGGAUAAAGUGCGUGGUUUGUCCAGAUUUUGACCUUUGCAUUGAGUGCUUCUCUGUUGGAGCUGAGCUUACACCUCACAAAUGCAACCACCCUUACAGGGUUAUGGACAAUUUGGCUUUUCCACUUAUCUGUCCAGACUGGAAUGUGGAUGAAGAGAUGCUACUGCUCGAGGGUAUUGAAAUGUAUGGAUUUGGGAAUUGGACCGAAGUUUCUGAACAUGUUGGAACAAAAACCAGACAACAAUGUAUUGACCAUUAUAAAGCUAUUUAUAUGAACUCUCCGUUCUUUCCUCUCCCAGACAUGUCUCAUGUUAUGGGAAAGAGCAGAGAGGAGCUUCUUGCUUUGGCUAAGGGGUCUGAUGAAAUCAAGAAAGAAGUUCCCAUGCUUGUGGAGAUUACACUGAAAGAAGUGUCUCCCUUUUCCGCAGAAGUCAAAUGUGAAGAAUCAAAAAAGAAUCCAGCUUCCCAAUCGUCAUCCAACUCAACUGCUGAUGUCACCAAAGGGUUGGUCCCAGGUGCUGUAAAGAAGGCAUCCAACAAAAAGCAGAUUAAGGACGAGACUAAAGUCGGUAAAGUGGAAGAAACUCAGGUUGACCGGAGCGUUGGAGGAAAAAAACUGAGGAGUUUAGGGGAAGAGGGACCUAUUACAGAAUUCAGUGGCUAUAAUUUCAAGAGGGAAGAAUUUGAAACUGAAUAUGAUAACGAUGCUGAGCAGAUUUUGGCCGAUAUGGAAUUCAAGGAUACUGACACUAAUGCUGACCGUGAAUUGAAACUACGAGUUCUGCAUGUCUACGCAAAAAGGCUUGAUGAGAGGAAACGUAGGAAGAAUUUCAUACUUGAAAGAAAUCUGCUUUAUCCCGACCCUUUUGAGAAGGGCCUCACACCUGAAGAAAGAGAAAUAUACAAGCGCUUCAAAGUUUUCAUGCGGUUCCACUCAAGUGAAGAUCACAAGGAAUUGCUUAAGAAUAUCAUUGAGGAACAACAGAUUGUCAAAAGAAUACAGGAUCUUCAGGAAGCUCGAACUGCUGGCUGUAGGACAGCUUCUGACGCCAGUAGAUACCUUGAAGAGAAGAGAAAGAAGGAAGCUGAAGAAAGUGCCCUAAGGAUUAAGGAAAGCUCACAGGCUGGUAAAGGCUUGCAGAUCAGCCCUCGGGGAUCUUUCAAGGGAUCCACAGUUCUGCAUCCCUUCAGCAAGGACUCAUAUUUAACUACGCAAGCUAUUUCAAGCUCCUUGGAUUAUUGGGAUGUCACUGGGCUAGCCGGGGCUGAUUUACUCUCCGAAGCCGAACAAAGACUUUGCAGUGAGAUCAGAAUCCUACCUUCACAUUAUCUCAACAUGCUGCAGACCAUCUCCAUAGAGAUUGUAAACGGCAAUGUUAAAAAUCAAGCGGAUGCCCGUAGCCUGUUUAAGGUUGAACCGAGCAAAGUCGAUAGGGUUUACGACAUGCUUGUGCAAAAGGGAAUGGCUUAAGCAUAGUUAGGUCUCCAAUCCUGGUUCUUGUAAUCCUGUACAGUUCUGUUUGUUGAUUGAAAGGGAAGAUCCCAUUUCGUUCACUUA